AUGGCACGGCCGUUCUCGUCGCUGGCGCACUCCUCGUAUCGCCGCAGGAUCGUCGAGUGCAAAGUGGCGGCUUACUCCUCGCGGCUCCCUUCCCGCGCUAGGCCGCCCGCACGCCCCCGUAUCGCUGCCAGCUCCAACAACACCCCAGCACUUGGAAUUGAUAGUAGCAUCAUUACCAUUCAGACUAUGACGCGGUGGGAGACCUUGAAUCACAUGGCCUACAAAUUUGGGAGCCUUGGCAAGUCUGAUGGAGAAUUGGCCUUGAAGAUACUGAGUUCUAUUGUGGAGCGAUCAGGUUUAGACCGAAUUACCUACAUUUACUGUAUGGCUGUUCCAAUUCUCAUCCAGGCUCAAAUGCAUUCGCAAGCAAUGUCAGUGUUGAAGCAUCUUGCUGUGACGGGCUUCUCCUGCACUGCUAUUUUUACCUCCCUGUUGUGGAUCCUUUCACGUUUUGAUUCCACCAAUCAUGUUGUUUUUGAACUCCUUGUCAAAGCAUAUGUCAAGGAAAGAAAAGUGCUAGACGCAGCUGUGGCAGUUCUCUUUAUGGAUGGUUGUGGCUUUAAGGCUUCACCUGUUUCUUGCAAUACCAUCCUUAAUGCUCUUGUGGAGGAAGGGGAAUCAAAGCAUGUUUGGUUGUUCUUGAGAGAGAGUUUGGCCCGUAAGUUUCCUUUGGAUGUUACCACUUGCAAUAUUCUUCUGAAUUCCCUAUGCACCAAUGGAGAAUUUAGAAAGGCUGAAGAUAUGCUUCAGAAGAUGAAGAGCUGUCGCCUAUCUAAUUCUGUCACUUAUAAUACAAUGCUACAUUGGAGAAUUGAUAAGGCCCUAAGUGUUCUGUACACUUUGAAGUUUAUGCAAAUUACUGAUGUCAUGCCAAGUGAACUGACUUAUAGUGCUUUGUUGAACGGUUACUGCAAAGUUUCCAUGUUGGGACCUGCUCUAGAUCUUAUGGAAGAUCUGAAAUCAAGAGGUAUAACCAUCAAUAAGACUAUGUGUACUAUUCUCAUUGAUGGUUUCUGUCAAGUGGGUGAGAUUUCCAAGGCUAAACAAAUUUUGAAGAGUAUGCUUGAGGAUGGAAUUGAUCCAGAUGUCGUCACUUAUUCAGCAUUGAUCAAUGGCAGGUUAUGUCAAGGAAGCACUAAAGCAUUUUGUGGACAUUUAUCGAAGGGGCUAGUUGCCAAUCCAGUUAUCCAUAAUGCAUUAUUACGUGCUUUCUAUAGAGAGGGAAUGAUUACAGAGGCUGAACACUUCAGACAAUACAUGUCUAGGAUGAAUAUAUCAUUCAAUUCUGUCUCCUUUAACUGCAUAAUUGAUUGUUAUUGCCACAGAGGUAACAUAGUUGAGGCAUUUUCAGUUUAUGAUGAUAUGGUUAGAUAUGGCCAUUCUCCAAAUGUUUGCACAUAUCAGAAUUUGCUUAGAGGAUUAUGUCAAGGGGGCCACUUGGUACAAGCAAAGCAGUUUAUGUUCUGUCUUCUUGACAUACCUUCUGCUAUUGAUGAGAAAACUUUCAAUGCACUACUUCUUGGGAUUUGCAAAUAUGGAACCCUUGAUGAAGCUUUGGAUCUAUGCGAGAAAAUGGUAAAAAACAACUGUUUACCUGAUAUCCAUACCUACACCAUUCUUCUCAGUGGUUUUUGCAGGAAAGGUAAGAUUUUGCCUGCGUUAGUCAUGUUGCAGAUGAUGUUGGAGAAAGUAGUAGUCCCUGAUACUGUUGCAUAUACCUGCUUGCUGAAUGGGUUGAUCAAUGAAGGCCAAGUGAAGGCUGCUUCUUAUGUUUUCCAGGAGAUCAUAUGCAAGGAAGGCCUGUAUGCAGAUUGUAUUGCCUAUAAUUCAUUGAUGAAUGGGUACCUCCAGGGUGGAAACGUGAAUACUAUAAAAAGGAUGAUGUCUGAUAUGUAUCAGAAUGAGGUUUAUCCAAACUCUGCUAGCUAUAACAUACUUAUGCAUGGGUAUGUCAAGAGGGGACAAUUUUCAAAGUCCUUAUAUCUGUACAAAUAUAUGGUGAGGAAAGGAAUCAGGCCAGACAAUGUUACAUAUCGCUUGCUCAUUCUUGGGCUUUCUGAGUGUGGGUUGAUUGACAUUGCAGUUAAGUUCUUGGAGAAGAUGGUCUUAGAAGGCAUUUUCCCUGAUAGGUUAGUUUUCGAUAUACUGAUUACAGCUUUCAGUGAGAAAUCCAAGAUGCAUAAUGCACUACAACUUUUCAAUUGUAUGAAGUGUUUACAUAUGUCACCCAGCAGUAAAACUUUUAGUGCCAUGAUAAAUGGAUUGAUCAGAAAACAUUACUUGGACCAGAGUCAUGAAGUUUUACAUGAGAUGUUACAAGUAGGGCUUCAACCAAACCAUACACACUAUAUUGCAUUGGUCAACGCAAAAUGUCGGGUUGGUGAGAUUGAUAGAGCGUUCAGGCUAAAAGAAGAAAUGAAAGCUAUUGGCAUUGUGCCUGCUGAAGUUGCUGAGAGCUCAAUUAUUAGAGGACUUUGUAGAUGUGGAAAACUUGAGGAGGCAGUCAUAGUUUUCAGUAGUAUGAUGCGUUCAGGAAUGGUACCAACUGUUGCUACUUUCACUACUCUAAUGCACAUUCUUUGCAAAGAAUCCAAGAUUGCUGAUGCUUUGCACUUGAAGAGGCUGAUGGAGUUGUGUAGAUUGAAGGUUGAUGUUGUCAGUUAUAAUGUUCUAAUUACUGGUUUAUGCAAAGACAAGCAUAUCUCUGAUGCACUAGAUCUUUAUGGAGAGAUGAAAUCUAAGGGUCUUUGGCCGAAUGUUACUACCUAUAUCACACUCACUGGAGCUAUGUAUUCAACAGGGAGAAUGUAG